AUGGAGCCGGGCGGAGCUGCCGUGGCGACCCUCGUCACGCUCUUGUGUACCGGGGCCUGGGCCGCCGCCGACACCUGCCCGGAGGUGAAGGUGGUGGGGCUGGAGGGCUCCGACAAGCUCAGCAUCCUCCGGGGCUGUCCGGGGCUGCCCGGGGCCACAGGGCCCAAAGGAGACGCAGGCGUCAAUGGAGAGAGAGGAGCACCUGGGUCCCCUGGAGCCCCCGGCAAGGCAGGACCACCGGGACCCAAAGGGGACCGAGGUGACACAGGAGUGUGCGGGGAGAAAGGAGAGUCUGGGCCUCAGUCCUGUGACACAGCACCUCGGACCUGCAAGGACCUGCUCACGAGAGGGCACUCUCUGACCGGCUGGCACACCAUCUACCUGCCCGGCUGCCGGCCGCUGAGCGUGCUGUGCGACAUGGACACGGAUGGCGGGGGAUGGACCGUGUUCCAGCGAAGGAGCGACGGCUCCGUGGAUUUCUAUCGCGACUGGGCCGCGUACAAGCGGGGCUUCGGCAGUCAGCUGGGGGAGUUCUGGCUGGGGAACGACAACAUCCACGCCCUGACCGCCCAGGGUACCAGUGAGCUCCGGGUAGACCUCGUGGACUUCGAGGGCAACCGCCAGUUUGCCAAGUACAGCUCGUUCCGGAUGGCGGGCGAGGCCGAGAAGUACAGGCUUCUCCUGGGAGGCUUUGCGGGGGGCAGCGCAGGUGAUUCCCUGACAUACCACAACAACCACCCCUUCUCCACCAAGGACCAGGACAAUGACUCAAGUCCAGAAAACUGUGCUGAGCGCUACCAGGGGGCCUGGUGGUACGAUAAAUGUCACCUGGCGAAUCUCAAUGGUCUCUACCUCCCGGGCGCCCAUGAGACCUUUGCAAAUGGCAUUAACUGGAAGUCGGGGAAAGGCUACAACUAUAGCUACAAGGUGUCAGCGAUGAUGGUGAGGCCCGUGUAGCACGGGGCCGUCCACGCACACUGUGGCCACAGGGAGGGCUGGUCUGGACCCUCUCAGGGCAGGGAGCUCUGGCUUGGGGUCCUCAGCCUGGUCCCUCCAGGGACCCCGUCUGCUUUGUGCCUCUCACCCACACUAACGCCCCUUCUCCCUUCCAAGCCGGUGAGAACAGGGAACCCUGAUCUCGGCAGUCACACAUUUUCUCAAUAAAGACAUUUGCUUCCUCGCUUGGCACA